UGAAACGACAGCGAUAGCAAUAGCACGAAAACGCAUUUAGGAAAUACCUACUUCGGCACUUCUUUUCUACUACUCAAACGUUUUUGAGCUGAUAAAAUUUAAAUUUGAUAAUUUCUUUGAAAGAAAUAAUAAAAAAAAAACACACAUCAUGAUGCUUCACGAUAAAAUUGUACCUGGACAGUUCUUGUUGGAUAUGAAAAACGAUUGUACCAAUAACCUUCUUCAUGGAAGUCAACCAGGAUCCAAAUUGGAUAUCUACAACACCUACAACUACCAUCACUAUCAACGAGAGCGGUUUACCCCGGAUUCCCAAGUAUUGGACCUGUCCCGUCGCUGUGAUUCAGUCGAGACCCGAAAAACCCCUUCACCGUAUAAUUCAAGUUUUGGCACAGCAUCGCCCAGUACACAUUGCGGAUCUCCACCAACAUCAGUGGCACAACCAGCAACAAAUCUUGCACAAAAUAAAGUUGUCUUCUCCCAGUCAAGACCGCCUCCAUUAGCUCAAGGAAUAGCUUCCCUGUAUCCAUUGUACUAUCCACAUAUUAAGCAAGAAACUGCCUCACCACCUCCAGCAGUGUCGUCAAUAACUUCAAAUUCGUCACCACUAUUCCCACAACAUCCAGCAGUAAAUAUUCAAAAGACAAGAAUUCCCAGCAUUCCCCAACAAAGUAGCCCAAGACCGGAAAUCAAUACCAGCCUUCCAUCGCUUCCAGCUGAUACUGGUAUUUUGUUCCCGAGCAUUCUUAAUGCUGCUACAACUGGAGCUGUUAGUGCUAGCAAAUCAACAAGACCUUUUAAUGCCUUCCCAAGGGAUCCUCUGAUGGUGGCUGCCCAUUUUGCUGCUUCCGAUGUGCUUUUUGAUAAAACAACCAUGGAACGUUAUAGUACGUAUCGCAAAAGAGCUCUUGAUGAUCUUCGAGAUUCAAAUGGAGGUCAUAGAAUCGUGACAAAUCCUAAAAUGCGACGAACAAAUCACCGUAGUAACGGCCCAAACAGUGAAUGUGAUGAAAAAGCAAUGGAAUCAAGUGAUAAUGAUUCGUCGAAUGGAAAUGGUUCAAGUGCUGAAUACGGAUCUCAUAAAAACGAUGGCAACAACAACGAUAGUAUUAAUUCUAAUGGUGAUGUGAAAGAUGAAGCUUACUAUGAGAGAAGACGAAAAAAUAAUGCAGCAGCUAAGAAAUCUCGAGACCGUCGUCGCAUUAAAGAAGACGAGAUUGCUAUUCGAGCAGCUUAUCUUGAACGACAAAAUAUCGAACUCCUUUGCCAAAUUGACGCUUUAAAGAAACAACUGGAAGCUUUUACAAAGGUCUAAAGAGUGUAGAACAACAUACAAAAAGAGUGAGAGGGAAAGAGUCUUUCAAAGCGUUGAACGUUAAAAUUGUAAAGUGUAUAAAUUAUAUAAAUUCAAAACAAAAAAUUAUGUAUUGUAUAUAAGGAAAUUUUUAUUUAAUAAAUGGGGGGAAAUAAAUAUAUCCAGUUUAAAAAAAAUAAUA